ACUUCCAUCGUAGUUCGACGGAUGUCAUAUUGUUACGUUGCACCCGUUUAUUUCAUACGUCAUAUCCUGUAUCAGUAAUAAGAUCCAUUGAACAUUGCCAGAUGAGUAUCAUAUUAGCAGGAAAGCUCUUUAAUAAUGCCGUAAGCCUAGUGAACAUAACUCAUGACCUAUUUAGUGAGUCAGUCAGUUUAAUACCAUCUGGAGCACCGCAUCCUGAUACAGCGUCGUGAUCUUCCGAGGAUUUCUUGAGAACUGCGCGCAGUCGUGAUCAUUGUGAAUACGGAGUGGACGUUGGUCGCAGUGGAAUUUAACACAGUCUGAAGUUUGUUAUUAAAUCAAGACUCAUGAUGUUCAACUUGUUUGUUGAGUUCAACUUUCUCACAGCUAUCUUUCUCUUGGCAUGUUUUACUUCAGUUCAAUGUUCGGUCGCAGGAGGUUCGAAGAGUGGAAAAGGGUGUACUAAAGUCUUAACUGAUUCUAGUGGCGUCAUCCUAUCUCCAAACUAUGGUCAAAAAUACCCGGGAAAUCUUGCUUGCACGUGGACAAUCAAAGCACCAUUGGGCAAGAAAAUAAAUCUAUACUUCAAAGAUUUUGUGGUAGAAAAGAGUCCGAGCUGUCGAUUGGACUACCUUUUAUUGUUCGAUGGUCGAAAUAACUCAGCUCGUUUGGUUGGUCGAUAUUGCUCGGCAAGACCCGUACCAUUUACGUCAUCAUCUAAUUAUAUUCACUUGGGAUUCUAUACUGACGUAUCAAUAGGAUAUAGAGGAUUCUUUGCCCAGUACAAUACAUCAAUAGCAACAGCAGAGAAACCAACUACUUGGAAAAGUCGUCCAAAAUUUAAAAGCACCAUUUUAAACAAGACGGCUAUUGUUGGUGACACGGUGGGACUACACUGUGAAGUCGAAGGCACGCCCGAACCAGCAAUAACUUGGAGGAAAGGAUCGCAGAUAUUGAAAAAAAAUAACAAUGUAUUUAUUAGCAAAACUUCAUUCAAAUCAACUUUGAUUAUCAAAAAGGUUGGUAAAAAUGACAAAGGAAAGUAUAUCUGUCAAGCUUCAAAUGGUUUUGGGCCAUCCAUAGAAGCAAGUGGAUCACUGGUUGUUAAAAAUAGACAAAUCCCUCUUAUCGCAAAUAUAACAAAAAACCAAACAGUAUCUGUUGGAAGAACAAUUGAAUUAAUAUGUGAAGCUGAAGGACUCGUUCCUAUGGAAAUGACGUUUCGAGAGAAUGAUAAAGAUCUGAAGUCAAUCAAGUGUGAACAGAGUGUUGGGUGUAAGAUUCAGCAUAGUAAAAUGUUUGUCGAAGAUACGGUUAUUACAUGUAAAGUGUGGAACACUGCUGGCAAUACAACGAGGCAUUUUAACAUCAAAGUUGAAGGGCCACCAGUUAUCAUCCGUGCACCUGAAAACCAGACAGUUCAACGGGGUGAUGCUGUCAAUUUUACUUGUGAGGCUAUUGGUAAAAAUCUAAAAAUCAGUUGGUUAAAAGACGAUAAACCAAAAUCUGAUGGGGUUUUUACAAGAGAAGGUCGUUCUGUACUUUCGUUUUCGGUAAAACGGAAUGCAACAUUGACAUGUAUUGUGGAAGGACAAGAUGGCAAGACAUCCAAGAAAGCUCGAGUGUUAAUUAUCAAAAAAGAAACAAAAAAACCAACGCCGAUGAGACGUCGGCUGAAGUUCUCCAAGUCACCAAUGAAUGUAACUGUAAAACACAAGGAUUCUGUAAGACUGCAGUGUCAGGCAACAGGAAUGCCUCCGGCCUACAUCAGCUGGAAUCUUAAUGACACAAAAGUGAAGAAAAUACCAAGCCUGUCAACAGAGGGACUGUCGACUCUGGAAUUAAAAUCUUUAAAGAAAAGUGUUAUCGUAACUUGCAUUGCAAAGAAUGAUUACGAAACAAUCCAAUCAAAUACAGUUCUAAUAACCGUCGAUCAAGUACCAGGCCCCAAGGUCGAAGCCCAAAAAUCGGACACUUUGAACGAUGAAAUAAAAUCAAUCUUGGGGGCUGGUGGCGGUGUCUUAGUCCUUACAGGAUUCAUCAUUCUAUUCAUCGUUCUUCGACGAAAGAGAAAUAAGGAAAUAGAAAAAGAAAAUCAGAGGCCAACAAAUGAAACAGCUGCUGGCAGAGAGGACGAGGCUCUUAUUCUGAAUCCAAUUUUGAGCAACAAAGAAACACCUAAACAGGGAAUGGAAAUGUUACAUUAUCCACGAGAUUGUAUUGAGCAUACUGACACCUUGGAGAAUGGAACGCACAUUGAGAUGUUCCUGGGACGUGCGGUAGAUCUGCCAUUUACACCUGGAGAGGUAAAUGUUGUUGUUCGAUCACUCAAAAACACUGAUCCCUCGGAAGAAGUGAAAGAUGAUUUCGACCUCGAAGCUUCAAUGUUGGCAAAUUUGGUUCACCCAAACGUGGUACAUUUAAUAGCGGUUUGCAUCAAAACAUACCCGCUCUGCUUGGUCUUUGAGUACUCCACUCAUGGGUUUUUAGACGAGUAUUUACAGGAUUGCGACCAAAACGAGCUCAACAACAGGGGGAAAACAAAACUACCAGCUGAAAGAAACUCGCUGACUGACCUAGCAACCGUUGAUCGAUUAUCAAUCGCUAAACAACUUGCGUCUGGAAUGAAAUAUCUCAAGGACAAAGAUUACAUACAUCAAGAAUUGCGGGCUCGUAACUGUCUCGUAUUCAAAGACCAACACGUGAAGAUCGCAAAUCUUGGUCUGCAUUGGGCAAAACCAGAUCAAAACUUCUUCGUAAUGGAACCCGAGGAGAAACAACGUUUUCCUGUUCGUUGGUUACCGCCAGAGGUUGUACUAUACGGGGAAUACACGCACUCCGCAGACGUAUGGUCCUAUGGUGUGCUGCUCUGGGAGAUAUUCUCGAACGCACAGCUGCCGUAUACCAGCAUCAAUGACAGUGACGUAGUUAGUUACGUACGCGGUGGUAAUAUACUACCACGACCUAAGAUAUGUCCAGACGAAGUUUACGACGUCAUGAAAACUUGCUGGGAAUUGGCGCCUUCAGAAAGACCAGAUUUCAAGUCUUUACAGGACAGAAUGACCGCACUACACGCUGGUGUGCCUGUUUAACAAUGUAAAUACAGUAGCUGUAUGUCACAACAAUGAGAGCAUGCAUGUUGCAACAGCGCUUCGAUUCAUAUUUAUACUAGAAACUGAUCCAGAAUUGAAGACGACUUCAGUAAGUAUCUAUAAGGGUGAGCUCAUUUUAUAUACGGCUAAUUCAACAAAGGUGGCAUUCUGAAAGGCGUAUGUGAAUGCGAUAAACUUUGACGCAAUAGAGCCCGAUAUAAAAUUUCAGUUGCUCAGACUCUAGGGUUAAGGUUUGCGGAAAACCCUGUACUGAAUUAGCUGUAUCUGGGAAUAGUUACAUAAACGCGGCAAAUCUGUCAAAAUAUUAUAUUCUCGGAAUACUUUGUCGCUGGCCUAAAAUUUAGCAAGAGAGUUUUUAAACUUAUUAACAGAUAUAAGAUGAAAAAGUACGCAGCAUGCCCAGUCCCUGGAGUGAUCUCGCAACAUCAAUACGUCAGACCGGUCUAUUUGGCUUGCAUUUUUAGGCGAGUUCUUAAUCGUACAUAUAGUAAUAGUACGAUAUCGUACACAAAUCACUAUGCUCGCUAUUCUGUAAAAUAUCUUACCUAGAAAUUAAACUGGAACAUGAAUGAUAUAACUAUCUAUAUUAGAUAAAUUCAAGCUGAUACAGUGUGUAGAGCUUGUAACUAAAUCAGUUGAAGAUAGAAUGCCAGGAUGAGAUUUGGGAUUGUUUUCCUCUAGCACGGCCUAGAAGAACCGGACAGUCGACAACGUAAGUUGUACACAGAUUCCAAAGGCUUGAAUGGCAUGUAGAAAUCAGCGAAGUUUAAUUAAAUAAUUAUUUAUUUGUCACUGUAUAGAGGCUAAAUAACACAUUGUUUUGAAAUAAAAAACGUUAUUCUUGUUUAUCAUUA